CAAACAUUUUAUAAAUGCUACAAGAAUGCAAAUCAGAAUUGGCAUCAUGUAAGGCAAAACUGAUAUCUUUGAGUAUAAAGGACAUGUCAAAACUAUUACCUAUGUGUAAGACAAGUACAAGUAAAAACGAUGUUUUUAUUUUGAAUGACAUGAUUGAAAAAUUUGAUUUUGAUGAGGAGAAGGAAAGGGUAUUUUGUUAAAGUAAUUCUUUAAGGAUAAUACAAAGACUAGUUUGAGAUUGUUGAGAAAUGAUGUACAAAGAUAUAUAAAAGAAUUGAAAGGGUUCACUAACAGUCAUGAGUACUAUUAAAAAAUUGAAAGCAUGGCAAAUAAUAUUACCAAUGCGUAUAUAUUUAUAUUGAUCUAUACAUAGAAUUACAGAUUAUAAAUCUAAAAUGUCAUAUUAAUUUGAUGAUCUAGCAUAAUAAGAGGAGGAAUUAAAUGAUGAAUUGAAAAUGAUUGAAUAAAAAAUGGACAAUUAUGAUAUUGUUUAAAAGUAACCAAUAAUCAAGAGAAAACCUAUGUAAAAUAAUGAAGAGACAACAAGUGAGUUAGGAUUAAUCAAAUAAAAAGUUGAUUUAAUUGAUGAAAAAAUAGAUUAAAUUAAACUAUUAGAACCAGAAGAUCAUAGAGAAUUUUUAAGAGUAAGAACUAAACAUAGAGGUAAAGUGUCUUAGAAUUUCAUUAAUGAUUGUCUCAAAGCUAUUCCCUUUAUUACAGAAGAUUAAUUAAUGGAACAAAUAGACAAUUACAAUUUGUUACAAUAGUUAGAAGAUGAAAAGAAAGAACUACUUGCAGAGUAUAAGAAAAAAAAAGAAGAAAAUAAAUAAAUAUAAUUAUAAUAAGAAUAAUUAUAACAAGAAAUUGAAAAAUAAAAAUAAGUUAAAAAGCCUUUAGUUCCUAAAGAAGAAAGAGAUAAAUAGAAAGAAGAGAUAAAGCAAUGGAAAAUUAAGAGAGUUACAUAAAAAGCAAUUGAUGAAAUUGAGUAUGAGACUUAAAAAGAUAUUGAAAAAUAAAAGUCUGAAAUUAUUAAGAAAGAAAGAGAAGAGAAAAAAUAAUAAGUUUAAUAUUAUAGAGAAUAAAAAAUGAUUGAAAAAUAGAGAGAAUAAGAAUUAAAAUAAGUUGAAACUAUGUCUAGAAGAUAUGUUAGUUAAGAAGCAAAAGAAAGAAUUAAAAUGAAAGAAAAUUAAUUACUGGAAAAAAAGAAGAGUAUUCUUGAAUAAAAGUAAAAGAAGUAAUUUGAUUAAGAAAUGAAACAAUAAACAAGAGAAGAGGAUAAAUAUAUAAAAUUUGCAUAUGUUGAAUCAAAAUUGAAUGAAACUACUAAGGCAGCAGAAUUAUAAAAGAGAUAGAAAUUUGAUCCUAAAAUAGAUCAAGGGAAAUAUGCAGAUACAUUUGGAGGGAAUUUAUUAGGAGCUGGAAGAAGAGCAAUUCCUGGAUGGAGAUAAAAUUUAGGUUGA